AUGACACUGACUCGGUCCCCUACGAGGCGCACGCAGCCCGCUCAUAUCCUUGUGAUACCGUACGAAGCCUGGGGCCAUGUCCGACCUCUCUUACACCUCACGAUCCAGCUCCUCACCUUGCAUCCAAACCUCCACGUCUCACUCCUCCUCUCCCCUUCCGUCGCGCCACGAGUCUCGAAAGAGCUCGCCUCGUCUGCUCAUGCCCAUACGAGGACGGCGAAGGGCACGAUACUGGACCGCCUGCAGCAGAUUCAGGUGAAGACAAAUGAUGCGAAGGACAAUGCAGGGGCAGAGGGCGGGAACAUCGCGCAGGACAUGGGAGGGAAGGCGGCUGCUUACGGGGGAGCACUGGCUGGGUAUAUGGUCGCUCUGUAUGGGGACAGGUUGGGGGAAGGGGUGGGGCUGGAGAACAAAUUUAGGGAGAUACGGCCGACCUGUAUCAUCUACGAUAUGUUCCAGUCAUUUGUGCCAGAGGUGGUGCGCGAGACAGCUGCGCAGCUGAACGGGAAGAUGGGUGACCUUGCGCUGUUUGGCUACUUCCCUUGCGGGCCUACAGCGACAUACCACCACUUCGCGCGAGAUGAAGAUGGGGGGUUCCUAGACAAGUUGAAUCAGACCAUCACCGAGGCAGAGGAGAAGGGAGAAGAUCCAAUACCGAUUAUUGCGCCGACGCCUCUAGGGGAUCGUGGGAUCUUGAAAAAACUUCCAGGGUUACCAGAAAUGACCGACUUUGAGUUGCAUCCCGGCGCCGGAGCGAGCCCAUGUCCACCCGAACUCGCUAUCGGCAUAGCCAAAACGCAUAAUGCCGCUUGGGCGCCGAACCAGACGGGUAUCCUUGCUACCAAUGUAUGUGAGAUGGAGCUGGAGGCGAAGGAGGUAUUGGAAGAGUACAUGGGUCGGCCAUUCAUCUCCCUUGGGUUUCAGUAUUCCGAGGAGAUCUGGAAUGGGGAGAUCGCGCCUCCGGCGGAGGGCGAUGCGGAUGGGGUGGCGACGAUGGCAUUUUUGGAUAUAAUGUUGGAGCGGAGAGGGGAGAGAUCAGUUAUUUUUGUCAGCUUUGGAUCUACCUGGUUCCCCGUCGCCCGACCCGAUAUUGUCCACAACCUCCUCGACACCCUCCUCUCCACCUCGACCCCAUUCGUCUUUGCCUACGCGACUGAGCUAUUCGACGUCCCGCAAGACUUGAUCGAUAAGGUCAAGGACGCCGAAUUCGGCUUGGCCGUCAAGAUCGCUCCUCAGGUCCAGGUCCUGAACCACCCUGCUGUCGGUUUCUUCGUCUCGCACGCCGGAGCCAACAGUCUUGCCGAGAGCGUGCUGGCGGGGGUACCAUUGGUGACUAUCGGCUUUGCUGCUGAUCAGGGGGAACAUGCCGCAAUUUUGAAGAAGUACAAUGCGGGUAUUGACCUGAAACAAGUCAAAUGCUUUGACGGACCCGGAACGCCCCCCAAGGUCUUAUAUGACGGUACCGAGUUCCUAGGGACUGAGGAGGCUAUGAAGGAAGAGAUGGUCGAGAUGUGGGCGGCGUUGAAGGGGGAUCUGGGGAAGGGACUGUAUCAGGGCAUGGCGGCGUUGAGGGAGCUUUGCUACAAAAGUUGUCACGAAGGCGGGGCGAGCCGGCAGGCUAUGCUGGAUCUGGCCGAGUAUUGGUAG